AGAAUGGCCUGCACCGAGGCCCCACAGCAGCCAGCCCCCCACCGUCCUCAGCCCAUCUCGGCAGGAACCACCACCACGGGCCCUGCGGGGGGGCAUCGUGGCUCCGCGGGUCCCGACCUGGAGUGCCUGGUGUGCCGGGAGCCCUACAGCUGUGCCCGACGCCCCAAGCUGCUUGGCUGCCAGCACGCCUUCUGUGCUGUCUGCCUGAAGCUCCUGCUGUGCCCGCAGAACGACACCUGGUCCGUCACCUGCCCGCUGUGCCGCCAGGCCACCGCCGUCCCCGGGGGCCUCAUCUGCAGCCUGCGUGACCAGGAGGCCGUGGUGGGGCGGCUCGCCCGGCCGUGCCCAGAAGUGUGGCUCUGUCCUCAGGAGCUGGUGACUCCCGCCGCCUUGACAGCAGGGCACCCCGGCUCGGCGGGAGAGGAUGGGCAGGACGUGGCCAGUGCCAACCGCGUGGCCGCCCGGCGCCUGGUGGCACACCUGCUCCUGCUGGCCUUGCUCAUCGUCCUCAUCCUGCCCUUCAUCUACCCCGGCCUCAUGCAGUGGACGCUCACCUUCAUCAUCGCGCUGGCCCUGCUGGUGGCCGCCCUCUUCUGCUGUCACCCCCGCAGCCGGGGCCGCGGCCGGCCCUCCCCCAGGACCCUCUUCUGCGGAGAGCAGAAACACAGCGAGAUCGCCUCCGUUGCCUGUGUGCGCCCCGUCCAGGCACCCACAGCACCUUGUGCCUCUGCGGCCCCGAUAUUCUCACAGUGAACAGGGUAAGGGGCUGUGAAGUAAGGCUGCUCCCUCAGGAGACGGAGUGCCAGCCAGACUCGCAAGCUAAAGCCAGAUGCUGUCUCGGGUCCGGAACUAUGUGC